CUGGCGUCCCAGAGCCGUCCCAGAGCAUUUUCUUCCUUCGCCGUUGCUUCGUUUGGACCUUGCGGCGCUUCGAUUGCGAUCCCUCGCACCCUCCGCCCUCCCCGAGUCUACUGGAACCCGCACGCAACCACAGCCCCAAAAAACCGAAAUACCAAACAAUUUCGAAAAAUUUAUCUUCCACAAUUCCCCGGCCUCCAACCAACCACAAUGGAAAAACCCUAGAUAUUAAUCCGGUGAGGGGGAGAGGUUCAUGGAUUACCCCCUCCAUGGCUCCCGCCGCAUUCCUCCACCCCCACCGCAUCGCGCCCCUUCUCCCUCCCUCCCCCUCUCGCCGGCGCCACCGCCGGAUUCUCUUCCGGAUGUCCGCGGUGAGGGCGACGGCGGAGGUGAGGCGGCGCGAGGCAGCGAGGGAGGCUCGCAAUGGGGCCGCGGUGGUGUGGUUUAAGCGUGAUCUCCGCGCCGACGACCACCCGGGCCUCGUUGCUGCCGUGUCUCAGCACCAGACUGUUGUGCCGCUUUACGUGUUCGAUCGCCGGAUUUUAUCCAGGGAUGGUCUACUUAUGACACAUGAUACUCUUUGCAACUUCUAUUGUGGAGUCCUCCACUGCAUUCUUUGCUGUAUCCUUGUGCAAUACUUCGAUUUUGAUUUCUUGCUCUAGUUCUUGCAUCUCUUCUUGUAUAGGUGUCUUGGUUCUAACCUACUUGUGGUGCAUAAGCAAUGAAACUACACAUCUCCUCUCCCAUAUCUGUUGGCAUCGUUGGACAAAUGGAAUAUAAAAGCCUAUUGACAUCAAGAGUUGCAGGCUCAUGACAAGGUCA